GACAGCUAUAGGCCGACAGCUGGCGGUGUUUUCGUUUCAAUCGUCAAACAUAGUGACUUGACACUUGUUUAUCAAAUCAAUACGCAAUAAAUUCUAAACAAAGUGAAAUUGUCGGGUAUUCGUUUAGUAUUUUUUAAACGGUGAACGGAUUCAGAUAUAAGCAAGAAGACGAUUGUUUCCGUCAUGACAAACACGUUAGCUGUUUGUCUUUUAGUUAUCUUUUGUUCAAAUUUGUCGUUAGCUCGACAAGUGCCAAAAGAAUGUUCUAAAGGACCUGAAUACUGGUGCAGAAGCCUCAAAGUUGGAGCGCAAUGCGGAGCGGUAGGCCAUUGCAUCGGCACGGUGUGGGAGCCCAAGGUCCUGAAGGUCACCAAGAAUGAUGUCUCAGACUCCUUCGUCAGGCUGUUCAGGGAACUCAAAGAUGUCAAGGACAUGAUAAAUGAGGAAUACCUAGGCAUUCGCGUGCAAUCCGCCUGUCGCGAUGUGCCCGACGUCGCCAUCUCUAAGAUCUGCAAAGACAACACCGCUUCUUUGGAUCAAUACCUCUUCAAAGUUCUCCAGUCGGAUACGAGCGCCGAUGUCAUGUGCCAAGUCAUUGGCAUGUGCAACAAUCAGAAAAUUGAUAAUAUUCUCGCCAAAAAGAGCAAGAAAGCGGCUGUUGUACCACCUAAACCAACAGAACACCUGGUCGGAGCCAAACAAUGCACGUGGGGGCCUUCCUAUUGGUGCAGCAACUUCAGUACCGUCCAUGAAUGUCACGCCACCAGCCACUGCGUCAACAAGGUGUGGCCGAAGAUGACCUUCCCCGAAGACGAGGACAGCAUCUGUAAGAUCUGCACGGACAUGGUCCAGCAGGCCCGUGACCAGUUGUUGAGCAACGAAACCCAGGAGGAACUUAAAGAAGUGUUCGAGGGUUCCUGCAAGCUGAUACCGAUCAAGAUUGUGACAAAGGAAUGCGUCAAACUUGCCGACGACUUCGUCCCCGAGCUCGUGGAGACGCUCUCGUCUCAGAUGAACCCGCAACAAGUGUGCUCGGUGGCCGGACUGUGCAACAAUGCACGGAUCGACCAGCUACUUGAGAAAUACAACGAGCAACUGAAACUGCGUGCGAGCUGCGACAACUGCCACUCGACCGUGGGCGUGAUGCGGCACAAGUUCGACCAGACCAGCUACGACGAUUUCCUCGUUAGCUUGUUGCAGGUCUGCCGCAACAUGGACUCAUUAUCAGACUCUUGCUCAAUGCUGGUGUUCAAAUAUUUCGAGAACAUAGUAUCCGCCGUGAAGGACGGGCUAACUCCGCAAGGCGUGUGCCACAUGAGCGGACAAUGCGCUUACAAGUUCCAUACGCACGAUGAGUUCGUGUUCCCGGAUCUGGUCGGCACAGUGCAUUAUGGAGAUGACGUACCAUGCGAAUUCUGCGAACAGAUGGUAACACAUCUCCGGGAUGUGCUGAUUGCAAACACCACGGAGAGCGAGUUCUACAGGGUGCUUACUGGCCUCUGCAAACAAACUGGCAACUUCAAAACCGAAUGUCUGCACUUAGCCGAGCAAUACUACCCGGUGAUCUACCAGUACCUGGUGAACGACCUGGAGCCUGAGAAACUGUGCACUAUGAUGGGAAUCUGCGGCAAGAAACAGGAAGUGCCCGUGGCGCCAUUGUUGCCCGGCGAGAUGGCUAUUAAAGCGGUCAAACUUACUGAGAAGCCUCAAAUCGGCCGUGUACCAGUGUCAAAGCAAACCAACGUCCGCAUCAUGGGCGAGUCCUCUCUGCCCAUAGAACGAAUGUUCGUGCAGAUGCCGCAAGGAAAGACCACCUGUUCCUUCUGCCAGUACUUCCUGCACUAUCUCCAGGUUGAAUUGAGCGAUGAGAGGACAGAGGAUCAAAUCAAAGCGGCCGUGGACAAGGCGUGCGACCACCUGCCCCAGGCGGUGGAGGGCGAAUGCAAGCAGUUCGUGACGGAGUACGGGCCCGCCGUCAUUGCGCUCCUGGUGCAGGAGAUUGAUCCGGCUAGUAUUUGCCCAGCGCUGGGCAUGUGCCCACAAACUAGCGAAGUGAGACGCGUGACCAUCAACUCUGAAUCCUCCAACUGCCCGCUAUGUCUCUUCGCCGUGGAACAACUACAGACCAUGCUGAAGAAGAACAGCACUGAGGCCGAAAUCCGCCAAGCGCUCGACAACCUUUGCACGCAUCUAUCGAAGAAAUUCCAAACCCAAUGUACAGACUUCGUCGACGCCUACUCCAACCAGCUUGUAGAAAUGUUGAUCGCCGAUAUGAACGCCCAAGAGAUUUGCGUGUUUCUGAAAAUAUGCAAAGAUAACGUCAAAGACCCGCUGCAUUUGACCACGCAGAGUAUUGAUUCGUUCCAUGAGACACCGGAGCGAAUGGCCGAUAGGAACAACAGGAGGAGACCUAUGCUGCCUAAGCGCAUGUUGGAGAAAGAAGCGGGAGGCGAUAUCCAAACGAACGAAAUCCCCGACGACACAGUAAACGGCCGUCCGGUGCGAGGCGAUGUUUCCCAGAAGACCGUGUGCGUCAUCUGCGAGUUCGUCAUGAAGGAGAUCGAUGACCAGAUCAAGGACAAACACAACGAGGACGAGAUCAAAAAGAUAGUCCACAACGUGUGCCAGCGCAUGCCCAAGUCGGUGCGGGCCGAGUGCGACCAGUUCGUGGAGAAGUACGCGGAGCUGGUCAUCAGCCUGCUGGCGCAGGACCUGGAGCCCGCGCAGGUCUGCUCCGAGCUGAAGCUGUGCCAGCCCACCGACCUCGUGGCUGUCAGAGAGGAAAUCCUAGACUGCGCCGUGUGCGAAGUGGUGGUGAUGGCGGUGAAGAAGGUUCUCGGCAACGACAAAGUGGACAGGAACAUUGUUCAUAUCGUGGAGAAGGCGUGCGGGUUGUUGCCGGCCAAAUACUCUGCUCGGUGCCACACCAUGAUGGAGAUCUACGGCGACAGCGUGAUCCACCUGAUCGAGGAGUUCGGCACCAAGGGCGCGUGCCAGAAGAUCGGCAUGUGCUCCGGGGACCACGCCGGCUACGUGCGCCUCUACCGCGACCACAGGAUGCUGCACUAAUAAUAUUAACAUCGGGGGUCAUCAUCAACUCAAGAUUGUAAUCUCCAUUUUUUAUCUUAUUUUUGUAAUACUUUACCAAAAUGUUAGUUCGUAAGUUUGGUUUAUUAACGAAAUAUAUUGUAUUGUGACUAUUGUUUACUGUCGCGUACACCAAUAUAUUAAUUUUCUUUUAAAACAUAAUAAAAUGUAGGUAACACGUAAUUGCCUUCUUUAUAAUAAAAAAAUUUAUUAAAAAUGUACUUAUCGAUAUUUUUUUUUUGAGAAUACGAAAAAACUUUAGUUACCUAAAAGUUUACUGGAUGGAUAAGAAAUGGCAAUAAGAAUAUCUGUUUGAUGAAUUGGUAUGAAGAAAUCAUUGCAUAAAUCGUAUCGUAUUUAAUAUGAUAUUACUUGGUAGGAAUAAUAAUAGCGCUAAUUUGGCGUAUAAUAAAAUUAAAUCUAAUAAUGUCACACGUUCACUUCAGAAUAAUUGUUGGACCUUUUUACUAACCGGCUAACUUCAGAAUUAGAAGAUAUAUAAACACUGUUUGUUCUCUUGUAAAUUUUUAACUUUUUAAGUUGUAUUUGUAUUCUCUUUGUAUUGUAUCAAAGUGGUAAAUUAUUAUUUCGCUUACUUGACAUAAAACAGAGAUAAAUGUCUUAAAAUCUAAGGAAGUUGUAUUAACGUUUGGUACAUUUAAUUUGUAUUUAUCAAAAAGCUUGUCAGACAGUAAUAAGAUACAUAGUCACAGUAAUUUUGUUUUAGUUAAGUCCAACGUGUAAGUUUACUUCAUGAAGCAUGCUAUAAAAAAAUGUUAUUGUUCGCUCGCUAAAAUCAAUAGUUACACACGCUAGCCUGUGAUAACUCAUUUCUAAAGUGUUUCUAUAAUAAAGUUUGGGAAAAUUCA